CAAUUUUCGUCAAGAGCUGUCGGACAUCACGGCUCCAUCAUGAAGGUUCCGUUGACUGUUGCCGCUCGCCCGACUAAAGAAGACUAUAAGAAGAAGAGUGCCGAGCCUCUCUACGGCAUUCUCUAGCUAUCACAGAGUGUUCGUCCAUCAUGCUUCUAAAGUCUCUCGGUUUGCUGCUUGCAGCAGCGCAGACCGCCCAUUCCCUCACCUCCAAUCUUACUCAGAUCUUCGACUUCGGGCCCAACCCACGUAAUGUUACCGGCUACAUCUACGUUCCCGCCAAUCUUCCAAAGAAUGCUCCUAUUCUUGUAGCACCUCACUGGUGCCAUGGCACCGCCCAGAAUGUCUUCGACUACCGCUCCUGGGCCUCGGCUGGUGACCAGUACGGAUUCAUUUCCAUCUACCCGAACAGCCCCAAUGCUGCAGACCAGUGCUGGGAUGUCUCCAGCAAGCAGUCUCUUACGCACAAUGGCGGCGGAGAUGCCCUUGGAAUUGCGUCAAUGGUUCGAUGGACGAUCAAAAAGUACGAUGCAGAUGCGUCACGAGUGUUUGUCGUCGGUACCAGUUCGGGUGCUAUGAUGACCAAUGUGCUGCUUGGUAGCUACCCCGACGUCUUCGCUGGAGGCAGUGCGUGGGCUGGCGUUGCAUUUGGAUGUUACGGGGGCGAUGGGUAUGGAGUUUGGAGCGACGCGUGUGCGACUGGCAAGAUCAUCAAGACUGGACCUGAGUGGGCGAAGAUUGUCAAGAGCGCGUAUCCUGGAUACAAAGGGUUCAGACCAAAGUUGCAGGUCUUUCACGGGACUAAGGAUGACAUCUUGUAUCCGCAGAACUUGCAGGAAGAGAUCAAGCAGUGGACCAGUGUGUUUGGAAUUAGUGCGAAGCCAACCGAGGUCUCGCCAGAUACCCCUCUGAAGGACUGGACGAGGUACAGGUAUGGCAAGAGUGGCAAGUUUGAGGCAUACAGUGCUGAAGGAGUGGACCAUAACAUUCCGAUGCAAGGGCAAGAAGUGCUACUCGAGGCGCAGUGGUUAAGUUGA